UGUUGAGUCCUGUGUGUCUGCUCCUGGAUGCAGGCAGGGCGGCUGGGUUCAAUGAAACUCAACUUUCCUGCAUGAGGAGGAUGUUUGGUCUUUAAUUCAAGCAAGAAAAAGGUCAAUACUUCAUUAACAGGACUUUUAGAUGUCAAAUAUUAAUCCUAAAUUGAUGUUUUAUUUUCACAAAGGAUAGCUGUCAAACCUCAGCUUUUCACUGAAGGCAGCGGCCCUCUUUAUUUAUUUAUUUAUUUAUUUUCUUUAUUGAUCCUUAUUUUGGUCUCUGAGUCACAAUAAAAUAAAAUAAAGAAAAUAAAUAACAUAAAUAAACUAAGUAAAAUAAAUAAAAUAAGCAGCAAUAAGCGUUCAGUCUUUUAUCUUUACUGAAAAAAGUCACAAUCACUCAUUUCUUCUUCUAAUGACAAAAUCGUCCAACAUCGGAUUUAAAACGUCAGUUUGAUUGUUUGAGAAUAUGAAAUCUGACAUUUUUUAAAAAGUUUGGUUUAAUUUCAGUCUGAGAGCAAACAAAAUAUCGGACAUCACUGACAUCAGAUUCACAUUAAAUUAGUCAAAAUACAUUUUAAAAAACAUUUGUUACAGUUUUUUUUGAGUCGACCCGAAAUGCAAAUAGAGCCCAACAUCUGUCUGUUAACACAGAUGUGAUGUUCAAUACGAUCAGUUUGAUCCACACUGAACAUCAUGAUGAAAACUGUACAUUUAAUAUAUUGACUGUCGCCUUCAUUUGUCAAAAUGUCAGGACUUACAAUAAUAAUAAUUUAUUUAAUUUAAACCCCCUCCUCUCCCCUCAUUGUCUAUGUAAUUUAAGUAUUCUCAGGCGUGCACGUGCCUAAUUAAUGGUUCAAUUGUGUAACUUGACUGUAAUUUCUUAAAAAUGGAAAGAAAGAACUACAUUUGGAGACAUAUUUUCUAGUGCAAAACAUACUGGACGCAGCAAAUAAUACAAAUAAAUAAAUAAUUUUCCGUCCUGCUUUCUGUAAAAAAAAUUUUUUUUUGCUCUCUCAGACAAAUUCAAACAUAUUUAACUGUUGAUAUUUCAUCUUGAAAUAUACGUUGAAAUAUACGUAUAAGACAAAUAUACUGUAAGUCUAUUGGUUAGUUUCCUGUGAGGCAUAAAAUAAUCAUUAGAAUAUUUCCUGGAAUUAAUUAAAUUAAAGUAUUUUUGAUGCACAUUCAAAUAUAAAUUGAAGGAGAUUUUUUGUUGUUGACUUCAUUCCGGCAACAUACAAGUUAAAACACUAAAAACACAAAACGCAAUAAAUGAGCAGCAGAGAUCAGCGACCUCCUGAAGUAUCCAGAGACUCAGAUUAAAUCCCGUUUGUAGUCACAACGUGUAGCAGCAGAUAAAUGAUUGCCUCAUUCUGAACGUCUAAACAUGCUGUAAAUUAAAGUCAGUUUUGAUUGUCUCCUCUCAGAGUCCUUGUGGGUCCAGAAUCACUUCAAACUGCUGUUUGGUUUGGAUUCAGGGGCGUGGGAGGAGUUGGUGCUGCUUCAUAUUCAGAGAGGAGGGGGGCUCUUUAAGGAUCUCAUUCUCUUUGGGGCUAUAAAGACGUUGUUGCCUUCAAGACAGAGCAAAUUAACUCCAUUGGCGAAUUAUUGCAUUACGAGGGACCGCUCCGUUCAUCGGUGCGCGACGGCGAUUAGUGUCUUUUUUUUUUUAUGGUGACAUUUGAUUAAAAGCGAGCGGAGUUCGUGGAUAAGAUGAUGGAGUACAUGGAGGAUAAGUUUGCCUUGAAAAGCCAAGCGAUGAAGGCCAGCGAUUACUACAUGGAUCAAGUCAUCGAGAGCCUGGACAGCGCGCAGUACUUCAGCAAGUCUCCCCCGAAAUGUGUGCAGGCCUUCGGGCUUCAGAGUAGCGAACACCGCUCCUCGCCCUGCGGAGACCAAAACGCCAAUUACGGUGUGCCAAAAACAGACGACGACACUUUGCACUCGGACCUCGGGAGGUCGAUGGACAAUUGUUGCACUCUGCGGGCGUCUCCGGUCACAACCGGACAGGAGAAAACGGAUUUGGACGACAUGGGAGACAAGUGCGACAGUAACGUGUCCAGCAGUAAGAAGAGGAGACACCGGACGACCUUUACCAGCGCGCAGCUGGAGGAGCUGGAGAAAGUCUUUCAGAAAACUCACUAUCCAGAUGUUUAUGUGAGGGAACAGCUGGCCAUGAGGACGGAAUUAACAGAGGCCAGAGUGCAGGUUUGGUUUCAGAACAGAAGAGCAAAGUGGAGGAAAAGAGAGCGCUACGGACAGAUCCAACAAGCCAAAACUCACUUUGCAGCCACCUACGAUUUAUCCGUGUUACCGAGGACGGACAGUUACACACAGAUCCCUAACAACCUGUGGCCCAGCCCUUCUCCCGGCGGCUCUGUCGUGUCCCCGUGCAUGCUGCCCCGAGGCUCCCCUCCCUGCGUCACUUCCUACUCGCACUCCCCACGCUCGGCCGCCGGCGCCGCCGACCACGGCUACGUGGGCUUCCCCAACCAGCAGAACCAGUUCGGCCACGUCUCCCUCAACAACUUCUUCAGCGCAGACUCCCUCCUCACGCCGGCCGCCAACGGCCACCACGCCUUCGAAACCAAGCCUGAGUUUGAGAGGCGCUCGUCCAGCAUCGCAGUGCUACGCAUGAAGGCCAAGGAGCACACGGCCAACAUCUCCUGGGCCAUGUGAUCAAGGUUCCUGUGCAUGUCUGGAAAGUCUGGAUAAUGUAUGGAAAAUGGUUUAAAUUUCCAGUGCAUGGAUUGCCCAGAGUCUGAAAUAAUUUUAGAAAAAGCUGUUUUUUUUCACUCACAGCACAGAUCUAACUACAGUUUCCUGGCCUACAGAGUAGAGGUCACUUAUUUGUUGUGUAGGAAAAUCAGAGUGAUAUGGUCAUUCUCACAAUCAUACUGCCCUGCUAUUAAGAUCUGCAACACAUCAAACUCUAAAAUGAUAAAAAAUGGGGUCUGGGUAGAAAACAGAAAUGGAAAAUGUGUCAGGAUUUGAGGUCCUCUACUUAUCCUAAAAGCUAUGAGUCACUCUCUUAGCUCAUAUUAGCCACAAAAAUUUUAAAUAUGAUGUUGUGUGACAAUCAGCUGUGUUUCUGGUGUCAGUACGGCGGACUGAGACAAUCACGUUUUCAUAGAUGCUUUUUUGAGAUAAGGGGUGGCCUUCAUGUAGUUCAACCAAAGCAAUACAUUCAUAUCAGUCAGACUUUCAGGGUAAUGUCCAGUGCAUUGUUUUGCAGUCCACAAUUAUCUUCCCUGGUUAGACCAGACGUUUGAUGAACCGUCGUGAUCUGUGGAGGUGAGAGCUGUGGUGUGAAUAAGCUUUCUAUGUUGUCGUUUUUUUUUAACGGAGGUCGGCCGGUCCUCCGUGUUUCUUCUUUACCGAGACAGAAAGAGGGGUGAAAGUGAAACAGGAAGAACUAAAGGCUCUAGUGGGAUUCAAUCCCAUUGUGGGUACAUGUGGAUCCAGAGGGAGGGGUCCCAAACCACUAUAGCAUUUCUAAGCACUGUGAAUAAGUUGUUGUUUUUUUUUUUUUUUUUUUUUACCUGCGCCUCUCAUCUUCCUCCCUCGUUCCAGCUCAGGACUGAGGAUGAGCAGAGCAGAGAAAUAAACUGACUUGACGUACUAACGUGUCUGUGUGCUUUGCAGCAAAGCUCUGUAAUCUUCGUUGUCUGCCUCUGUUCUGUAUCACAGGUACACAACGCAGGCAGGUUUUGAAAUUGUGUUUUUGUUAUAAAUUUAUCUGGUGAAAGCAUAAUAAAUGAAUGUCACUUGA